UUCAAGCUCGCCGGCGCGUGUGAGCGUACACGUGGCGACAAUCCCAGAGCUUCGGUGAUAUGCAAGGACCGGAGAAGCUCCUCUUCCGCGUUCCAGGAGAACAAGUCUGUCUCUGUGGACUAUGACCGCGGCGUCCAUGAGGUCUCUGUCCAAGUGAGCGGGCUCAGGAAAACGGAAAUCCCGAGACGGCACCGUUUAAGGGUGGAGAACGAUCGGUUCCAGAAGGAUUGGAAUUUGUCGGAGGUUGUCGAUCGGCUUUUGGCGCUCAAUCGCUGGGACAACGUCGAUGGUGUUCUCAAUUCGUGGGUCGGCCGCUUUGCGAGGAGGAACUUCCCUGUUCUUAUUAGUGAGCUGACGAAAAGAGGGAGCAUUGAACUAUGCGUGAAAGUUUUCGAUUGGAUGAAGAUUCAAAAGAAUUACCGUGCAAGGAACGAUAUGUACAAUAUGAUGAUAAGGCUGCAUGCUAGGCAUAACCGGGUUGAUCAAGCUCGUGGAUUGUUUUUUGAGAUGCAGAAAUGGAGCUGCAAGCCAGAUGCCGAGACAUACAAUGCUCUAAUAAAUGCUCAUGGACGAGCUGGUCAAUGGCGUUGGGCGAUGAAUAUCUUGGAUGACAUGUUGCUUGCAGCUAUCCCUCCAAGCCGUUCAACCUAUAACAAUUUGAUCAACGCUUGUGGUUCUAGUGGGAAUUGGAAAGAGGCUUUGGAAGUAUGCAAGAAAAUGACAGAUAACGGAGUUGGGCCUGACUUAGUUACUCACAACAUUGUGCUAUCAGCAUACAAGAACGGUGGUCAGUAUUCAAAAGCAUUAUCUUAUUUUGAGCUUAUGAAAGGAGCCAAUAUUCGUCCUGAUACCACCACCUUUAAUAUCGUUAUCAAUUGUCACGCUAAGCUUGGUCAAAGUAGGCAAGCCAUUGAAAUGUUCACUUCCAUGAGGGAAAUAGAACCGUUCGAAUGCCGCCCUGACAUUGUAACGUUUACGAGCAUCAUACAUGUAUAUUCUGUCAGGGGAGAGAUAGAUAAUUGCAAAGCAGUGUUUGAAACAAUGCUUGCAGAAGGUCUGAAACCUAACGUGGUUUCCUAUAAUGCUCUAAUGGGUGCAUAUGCUGCUCAUGGAAUGAGUGAGAAUGCACUUUUGGUAUUUAGAGAAAUAAAACGAAGUGCCUUGCAUCCAGAUGUUGUCUCUUAUACAUCCUUACUCAAUUCUUAUGGAAGAUCACGACAACCCGAGAAGGCAAAAGAGGUAUUCCUCAUGAUGAAAAAGGAAAAGCAAAAGCCGAAUGUCGUUACCUAUAAUGCACUGCUUGAUGCUUAUGGAUCUAAUGGACUUUUAGCUGAAGCUGUCAAAAUCUUCCGCCAGAUGGAGCAAGAUGGUGUUGAGCCUAAUGUUGUUUCCAUAUGCACUCUUCUGGCUGCUUGCAGUCGAUGUGGUCAAAAGGCAAACGUUGAAACUGUACUUUCAGCCGCACAGUCGAGAGGGAUAAAGCUCAAUACGGCUGCAUAUAAUUCGGCGAUUAAAAGCUAUAUGAAUGCCACAGAAUAUGAGAAGGCUAUUGCAUUGUAUGAGACCAUGAGGAAAAAGAGAGUCAAAUGUGAUUCUAUUACUUACACUAACCUGAUUAGUGGUUCCUGUGGUAUGUCAAAAUACACUGAGGCACUUAGGUUCUUCAAUGAGAUGAGAGAUCUUGGUAUUCCUCUGACAAAGGAGGUGUACUCCUCUGUCAUGUGUGCUUACAGCAAACAGGGCCAAGUCACAGAAGCAGAAUCCAUCUUCAACCAGAUGAAAAUGGCUGGUUGCGAACUUGAUGUAAUUGCAUACACUUCAAUGCUACGUGUUUACAAUGCUUCAGAGAACUGGGAUAAGGCUUGUGAACUCUUCCUGGAGAUGGAAGCAAAUGGGGUAGAUCCAGAUUCUAUUGCAUGCUCGGCUUUGAUGAGAGCUUUCAAUAGAGGAGGUCAGCCAUCGAAGGUUUUUGUCCUGGCAGAGUAUAUGCAGGAGAAAGGAGUGCCCUUCAAUGGUGCUGUUUUCUUUGAAAUCUUAUCAGCCUGCAGCACCUUGCAGGAUUGGAAAAGAAUAGGAGACCUUGUUGAAAUGGUAGAACCUUCUCUGCCCUCGCUUUCCAUUGGCUUAACGAAUCAAAUGUUGCAUGUUCUCGGUAAAAGCGGUAAAGUUGAGGCAAUGUUGAAGCUGUUCUACAAGAUGAUAGCAUCGGGUGUUGAAGCCAACUUCAAUACUUUCUCGGUAUUGUUGGAACACCUUUUAGCGGUUGGAAACUGGAGAAAAUACAUUGAGGUUUUACAGUGGAUGAACGAUGCCGGCAUUCAACCUUCAAACAAGAUGUACCUCAACAUUAUCUCCUAUGGAGAAAGAAGUGCAGGGUCUGAGUUCGGUCCUGUGAUCAGAGAAAAGAUCGAAUCGAUGAGGAAAGAAACUUGCAGAGCAGGAUCAUCAUCAUCCACAUGACAGAAAUGGAGGUGAGUUGUGUUCAUAACAAGCAUUUGAUCACCGUGAAGAACCAUCCUUAAGAAACGAUACUGAGAGAAGAAGGUAAAUUAGAUGUUUUCUCCAGCUGUACGAUUUACCCCUUUGUUUAUUUACUCCGUUGUAAAAAUGUAUUUUACUUUUUUGAGUUUUGAUUUACCAAACCUUACGAGCGUAGAAGAUGUUUUCCGAUCAAUGUAUUGUUCUGUAGUUUA